AUUGUUGAAACAGAGAAGGUUUUAUUACCGGCUUGAUAAGCAUCUCGCUAUCGAAACUGCCACAGACUUAUGGCAAUGUUUGUUCAGCGUAAAAGUUGAUGAUAGCCAAAGCAAAUAAGAAAUGUACUUAAUCUAAACUUGACUCCGCGGUGAUAUUAAUUUCCAUACUUACUUUUCAACUCAAGCGAAACUCAUUCUUGAAGGACUCGUCCUUUUUUCAUAACAUGCCUCAAAACGGAAUCCCAGCUAAACUCUUAAAAACGAGAUUUGUCGCAGAGGGAAUUUCUUCGACCGGCAUUUUGGCACCAACCGGACCAAUUACUGCAAAGCAUUUAGUUCGAUGACGAGGAAACUUCUGGAAAAACGUGCCUCUGAAGGACUCUGCCUUUUUAAAAACACAAAACUUCAGAAAUUGAACUACUUCAAGCCCCCUACUUAUGUCAUCAUCGUCAUAACGAAAGAACUCCAACGAGGUGCAUUUCAAAACCAUCUGAGACACGUAAAGUGCAUUUGGUACUUUAAAAGGUAGGAACCUUUGAUCGGAUUAGUUCAAAAACGUCUUGUAAAAUAUAGUGAUUGGUUUCGAAAGAAAUUCUGAAGCCGGAACUUUCCCUCAAAGAACAAAGAUCACAUCAGUCUGGCAAGGAUGUUUUUAUCUGUCGCCGUUUGGUGUCAAAAGGAAACACAGUCACACCUCUGGGGAUUCAGCAAAGCGGCUACGAUUAUAAGCAAUAGAAAUUAGCAUAGCAGUUACCUAAGAAUCCGAAACUUGCCCCCCCAGCCGACAAAUUCAGCACUUUCGAAAUCUUUCAUGACAAGAACAGUCAUAAAUUUCAUCUGAAAGUUGAGUAAGUUCUCGUCUCGUUUACAUGUGAGGAGAUAGGAUUUCCGCGCUUCCGUCGCUGAUUUGAUAUCCAUAUACAUUCAGAAGGCAUGAGUGACAUUUGAUUUCAUCAGCGACGUAAGCUGUUCGAAUAAGAAGACGCACGCGCCACAAGUAAACAUUUCCGUCAUGCAAAACGCCACGAUGAGUUCUCCGUCCGUCGAAGCGCAAACAACGAAGAUACAGUGCUAUCAUCUGAAAGAAGAAUGGAGCCACACAAAGGAAACUUUUAUAACUAACGUUAUCCUCAUUGUAGUGAACUUGCUGACCUCUGUCACGUCGACAGUGGGCAAUAUUCUAGUUGUUAUGGCCGUGAAAAGAACUCGUUCGCUCCGAACGCCGUCAAACACGCUUCUUUGUAGCCUAGCGCUCUCCGAUUUGCUAGUCGGCGCCAUCGUUCAACCGAUGUACGCUCUACAAAUGAUCUUCGAAAUAAGAAGAAAUUCUGACGGUUUCUGCAUCGCCAAGAUUACCACAACAGGAUCUUUAGCUUGGGUAUGCGCUGGCGUUUCUUUCUUGGUCAUAUCCGCCAUUUCAGUUGAGAGGCUUCUGGCAAUAAAACUUCACUUAAGAUACAAGGCAUUGGUUACAAUUCCGCGAGUUUUGACCGUAGUCAUGUUUUUCUGGGUUCUGUGUACGGCUUUGAUCAUGGCACGUCUUUUAGGUGCCCCGUAUAACAUACUUGUGCUUACCAUUUUUGUAAUGGACGUGAACAGCAUUGCAAUUGUGAUCUUUGCCUACUCCAGUAUUUAUCAUCAAGUGCGAAAACUUCAGAAUAAAACUCGCGAUCAGAGACAUCUUGCGCCACCUGGUAUAAAUAUUCAUAGCUUCAAACGCUCCGCGGUGACGAUGCUCUACGUAAUUGUGCUUUUCCUGGCCUGUUAUAUUCCGUUUAUCACUACACUUGUGGUAAGAUUGCUCGAAGGGAGCAGCCUGUGGCUGAACAUCAUCUACAAAAUUACGGCUUCGAUAGUCUACAUUAACUCAUCUUUAAACCCUUUUGUGUACUGUUUUCGUUCAAAAGAAGUGCGAACAGCUAUUUUCAAAUUACUGGGGAGGAAAUACACCCUAGACAAAAACGGAGAUGUUAUUCCGGUGUCAAAGUAUGGAACGCAAAACUUGAAGACAUACGCAGUCAAAAACUUGACGAUAUUUCCGUCUGGUUACUUUCAACAUUCACUGAAUCAGUUGAGUAACUUGCCCGAGACACAAGUUUAAAAAUGGCUUGACGAAGCUGACUCAGUCGUGGACCAUUAAAAGUCAGAGUUGACAAUCAUCGUUACAUGCUUCAAAGUGUUAAAAUGACGAGGUCAAAGUAGAGGAAGAGGUAGGCCCACCAACGCAGGGCGGGUAUCUUCCGGUUCGGAAAAGUUCUCUUAUUUUCAACCUUUUAUCUCAAGAGGGCAGUGCUGUAAGAUUUUCCUCAUAGGUAAUUUAAGCGUAGAGGUUUACCAGAAAGUAACUUCAGGGACAGGCCUACAUUACAAAAACCUAGAUCAUCCUCUAAUCCCACUCAGGAUUAGACGGCUGCAUGUGUGUGUGACAUCGUCAAAGAGUGCCAAGAAAGUUAUAAUUAUCGCUAAAUUAUCGUUCGUUUUGUCCACUGGAAUAAAAUUUUUCCUUCCGGAAUACCGUUUCUAAUCUGUAUUUCGUGGUUUAGGUGUUGGUAAACCCGAUAUUAUCAAACCCUUGCACAAUAAUCUCAGUUUUACUUAUAUUUUAACUCACGAACAGAGGGUGAGUUUCAAAUUUACUAUCAUUCUUAUUCUAUUUACUCACACGACGCCUUCGACAUCGGUGAUGCUGGCAGUAAGAGGGGCGCAAGUCACAUAUGAACCUACCAAUGGCCUAACUUAUAAUCGCGUUAUUUGCAACUCAGCGCUGGAUCAUCUCACCGCA